GUCGGAUUCUGAGGGAGCGAAGGUAACCAUAGCAACGCGGCCUAGUUUUGAAGAAGCCGGAUAAAGGCAGUUCCGCAGUUCGAUGACGAGCUUUAGCUGUUACCCGGCACAAUGGACCUAAGUGGCGGCCCUGUGUACCACAAAGCUUGUUACUAACCAGCCAUAUGAUGAAAGUCUGGAUGUGAAUGAUUCUGAAGAAGUAGCAAGCAUCUACACCCCAUCCCCAAGGCAGCCUGGUGGCCCCAGGUUAAACUACUCCCAGACCAGAAUCAUGGCAGAUGAUAGCAGCGAUGAAUAUGAGGAAGAAAAUCAUAGUAAAUUGGAGUCUUGUAUCAAACAGGAGGAAAAGAAAGACUCAAAGUCCCUGCAGCAGGGGUUUAUUGAUGAUGAGGAGGAAGAUGAAGAUUCAGAUGACACAGAAUCUGAAGAUGAACAUGGAGCACCACCAGAAGGUGCAUAUGACCCUGCAGAUUAUGAACACCUCAACACUUCUACUGAAAUAAAGGAGCUGUUUCAGUAUAUCACACGGUAUACUCCACAGUCUAUUGAGCUGGAUCACAAACUGAAGCCGUUCAUUCCUGAUUUCAUUCCUUCUGUGGGAGAUAUUGAUGCUUUUUUGAAGGUGCCACGUCCUGAUGGGAAACUUGACAAUCUGGGCCUAAUCCCGUUAGAUGAACCUUGUGCAAAGCAGUCUGACCCAACUGUACUUUCGCUCUGGUUGACAGAGAAUUCAAAACAGCACAGUAUCACGCAGUUGAAGGUGAAAAGUCUGGAAAAUGUAGAGAAUAAUCCAAAGGUUCUAGACAACUGGAUAGAAAGCAUCAGUGAGCUGCACCGUUCCAAACCACCUGCUAAUGUGCACUAUACCAAGCCAAUGCCUGAUAUUGAGUCACUCAUGCAGGAGUGGCCGCCAGAGUUUGAGGAGCUGCUGGGGAAGGUGAGCCUGCCCACUGCAGAAAUGAACUGUGACCUGCCCCAGUACAUUGAUAUGAUCUGUGCAAUUCUGGAUAUCCCCAUAUACAAGGACCACAUUCAAUCCUUGCAUGUGCUUUUCACCCUCUAUUCAGAGUUCAAAAACUCACAGCACUUCAAAGCUCUUCCAGAAAGAAACAAAGUGAGCAGCUCUGGGGAGCCCCCAUCCCACAAUGCAGAUGUGGAUACAAUAACAUUUGACUAAGUAGCAGCUCUGAGCAAAUAACCCUUAGGAAACUUGAGAGCUUAUUUUAAUUCUUUAAAAUAUCUGUGUUGUUUUAUUUUUCUAUUUAUUGUGUGCAUCUUCCUAAUAAAUAUUAUUCUGAAUAAUA